AUGGCUACAACCUUCACAGAUCCCUCGCAGGACGUCCGUAUCGAUGAGGCAGGGCCCAAUCACACGCUCCAUCUCUUGACCACGGCCAGCACACCUGCAACACCUGGACCCUCAACCCCGACAGUAUCGUCACUUCCCUCCCCUCUGGAGAGACUGAUGGUCAAGGACUAUGAGGACGGUAUUGUGCCUCCGUUACGGCCUAUGAGCACCCCAUUUCCAGAGGCAUAUAUGGUAGAGGGGGAUAUUCAGUGCUCGCAGCGGUCGAACGAUGCAGAUAGGUUUGGUCUGGACACUACCGCCCUUUCGAUACCCGCGGCGUCUUCGAAUGCUACCUUUCGACAGCUUCCAGGCGAAAUCCAUGAGUGUAUCCUCGAUCACAUCUUCGGAGUCCGGGCUUCAACAUCUUCCAGGGCUCCCACGGCAGGAGGAUCGAAAGCUUUGCGCAGAUGGGGGUCGGCUUUGAGACACUCGAGGCGACGAGAAGUUGCACAACUUUCUCUAGUGACAAGCAAGUGGAGGGAAUUGAUACAAGAGCGGCUCUAUCGACAUUUGAAGAUCAAGGGGACGAGAGAGUCUGUGGACCAAGCCUCCUACUGGUUCCACGAACACCCGAACCUCUGUUCAUACGUUAAGCACAUUGAAAUAUGGUUUCCUGUAUUUCAGCAAAAGAACCCAGCCUUUGACCGGACGCAUCGAACUCCCUCGCCAGACCGAUCCGUGUUGAUUCGAUCACUUGCUUUAGCAGACAACACAAACACAAACGUUACCUACCAAAGCCCGUCGAAUAAUUGUAGUCUAUAUGAGGUGUUUCUAUUCGUCCGGUUGACAUUCGCAAUGGCAUGUAUUUUGACCCUGGAAGGCGGAGACAGGAAAAAGCCUCCGAUGGUGCGGCAUUUCAGCAAGAACACGACAUCACUACCGGUUCUCCCACAGGUCAGAACCCUUGUUUGCAAGGGACAGUGGAAUCUCAUCAGAGAAAACGAAGAUUUUCAACAUAUUGCGGCUGCACUACCAAGUCUCCAAGAGUGGCAUGGUUCCUAUGCAAGACCAAAGUCGAAGGCGUACAUUUCCAUGUCUACGAUCGUCCCAAACCUCCCACGAUUCCUCACACACCUGAACAUCUGCAUAGAAGCAGAUUAUCGAAGGGAGGCCGUGUCCCCUCUGUUCGUUAAAAAGGUAAACGCAAAAGCGCAUCUCUGCCAAGAGUUGGCAAAAGCGCUUCCAACCUUGGAGCAUCUGGCGUUUACGGGACGGAUCUGCGGGUGCUUUUUCAAUCAAGGAGCAAGAUUAUCGAAUCCCCGAGAGUCACGAUUAAAGAGCAUCGACCUCAUUGUUAAGAACGUGUGUAGACCGACUUUCAUUUGGAAUGAUGGGUCAGGCAUCACGGACAUGUCAUUCAUCUUAGCUUUCGAAUCACUGGUUCUUGCAGGAGUAAAGUCAUUAGAGCGGCUUAAAGCCUUGAACUACCUUCGAAUCCGGUUCUCGAUCUCGGUCCCAGCCUUAAACCCCUAUUUCCAGCUCAAGAACAACCAAUGUACUGGCAUCUGGAGCGACACCAUAAUCGACACUCUUGCCCAAACCCGACCCCGUGCCUCCUUCCUCGAGAAAGCCGAAUACCUAGGCGACAUUGGUUUUAAAGACGGACAGUUGCUGGCUCCGCCUACGUUCUCCAAGACGAGGCCGUUGUCGAUUAAAGUCUCGAGCUAUGCUUCGCUCAACAGCGGGAUUACGAUUUCAUGA